AUGGCUGGGAAGGUGGCGCUGCUCCUGUGGGCCCAAACCCUCAGCCUUGCUGGUGCCCAGACCACCCAGCUCCUGGUCGAGCCCUCCUGGAGGCCGGCAGUGCUGUGGGACCGGGUGACACUGACCUGCCAGGGCUCGGGGACUGCCAGUCCCACCACCUGGUACAAGGAGGAGCGGCACUUGUGGCAGGAGGGACAAGACCACCUCACUAUCACCGAAAGUGGCACCUACACAUGUGAGAGACCCAGCACCGGGCUCAGCCUCCCCAUGACAGUCUCAGACGGACCCCUCUGUCCCCCGGACUGGCUGGUGCUGCAGGUGCCAGCAUGGGCGCUGCUGGAGGGCAGCACAGUGACACUGUGCUGCCGGGGCUGGCAGAACAAACGGCUCACGCACGUGUACUUCUACCAUGACCAGAAGGAUCUGAAGGGGCCCCAUGACAGGACCGAGCUGUCCCUGUCCCCCCUGCAGCUGCACCACAGCGGCUGCUGCACCUGCAAAGGCUAUGAGGUGUCACACUGGAGUGAGUUGGAGCCUGUGACAGUGACAGUGCACAGGAUCGCACUCUCAGGGGUGCCCUGCAGCACAGCCCCCUGGGGACAGGUGGCACUCGGGGACAGCCUGGUGCUGAGCUGCGCAGUGGCUGCGGGGACAGGUCCCCUGUCCUUCUCUUGGAACCUGGAGGACUCAGGGGCACCGCUGGGCGCCGGCCCCCACCUGGAGCUGCAUCACGUUGGGGACAAUGACAGCGGCCAGUACUGGUGCUGGGUUAGCGACAGGGACAGCGUGGCUGAGAGUGACGCCCUGAAUGUCACCGUCCUGGUGCCCAUGGCCAAUGCCACCAUCACCCCUGGUCCCCUGUCACACCAGGUACACGCAGGUGACAAUGUAACCCUGUGCUGCUCGGUGCAGGUGGGCUCAGCCCCUGUCACCUUCACCUGGCUGCACAACGGGCAGGAGGUGGCCUGGGGUCCCCUCCUGGAGCUCAGGGACAUCGACGUGGGACAUUUGGGCACCUACCAGUGCGUGGCCACCAACCAGCUGGGACAGGACGGGCACCGCGUGUUCUGGGCACUCAGCCCUGAGCUGGCACUGGAGGUGACACCUGGCUCACCCUGGGUCACAGCAGUGGCUGUGAAUGUCGGCAGGACUCUCCUGUUCCUGCUCCUGCUCCUGGCUGUCAUCGGUGGCACUGCAGGGAAACCAGGAAUCUCCAGGACAGGAUCCCCCCUGGAGGAGGGGACCGUGCUCAACACCCACGCCAUGGGCACCGACUGGGCAGUGUCCCCCAGCCCUGCCCCACCUCGGGUUCCACAAGUCACCAACACAGAGCUGUCAGGACCCUAUGAGGGACAGGGGGACCCCUGUGACUACGAUGAUGUGCUAAUUCCCAGGGAUCGACCCCCAGCCUUGCUCAUCAUCGGCACCGAGGAAUUCCAGCGGAUCCAGGAGGAGGCUCAGCCUCCACAGCAGCUCACGGAUCGGCUGUGGAUCCUCAAAUCCCACAAGGAUGUGGCUUUUGUGGGCAUGUCCUGA